CUUGUGUGAAUCUUUUCAGCGAAAAAAGAAAUAUAUAUAUUUUAACAAUGUUUGUUUAUCUAAGCAAAAAGAUUGCUAUACCUAAUAAUGUGAAACUAAAUUAUGUGGCCUGGAAUAAGGAGGAGGGCCACAUAGCUGUGGCUGGGACAGAAGGUUUAUUAAAAGUUUUAAAAUUAGAGCAAGCGAACGGACAAAAUAAAGGAGGCUUAGCAGCAGUUUCGAAUCUAUCACUAAAUCAAACCUUAGACGGCCAUAAAAAUGAUAUAAAGCUAGUAGUUUGGAAUGAAGCUCAACUGAAGUUAACAUCAUCGGAUGUGGACGGUGUAAUUAUGGUGUGGAUGCUAUAUAAAGGCUCAUGGUAUGAAGAGAUGACUAACGAUCGAAAGAAAUCUACAGUAACUGGUAUGCAUUGGACUUCUGAUGGCAAUAAAAUAUGUAUAGCGUAUGAAGAUGGAGCAAUUAUAGUAGGAUCUGUGGAUGGUAAUCGAAUUUGGGGGAAAGAACUGAAAAAUGUUCAUUUAACUGGGGUGCAAUGGAGUCCAGAUAACCGUUUAUUACUUUUCAGUUUAGCCAACGGUGAAUGUCAUUUAUAUGAUAGUCAAGGAAAUUUUGCGAUAAAAUUGAAUAUACAAUGUGUAAAUUUGAGCAAUCAUCGCCAAACACGGGUGUCGGCAAUAUGUUGGUUUAGUGGGAAAUGUUCAAAAAAUCAACCUGUUUUAGCAUUAUGUUACGAAACAGGAAAAGUUCAAAUAAUGGCUAAUGAAAGUGACGAAUCUCCAGCCAUUGUUGAUUGUCAAAUGCGUAUAACUGAUGCUAAAUGGAAUCAUGAUGGAACUGUUCUGGCUGUCAGUGGAACUUUAAUGGAAGCAUAUAAUUUUAAAGAUACUAAUCAAGUGUGCUUUUAUACUCCGUGGGGGCGUUUAUGUCGCGUCUUAAAAGUUCCCGGUACUAAUAUAGCCUCAGUUUCUUGGGAGGGUAAAUCGCUACGGGUUGCUAUGGCAGUAGACUCUUUCAUAUAUUUUGCUAACAUAAGACCUGAGUAUAUUUGGUGUUAUUUUGAAAAGACCGUCGUCUUUAUAAGCAACAAUCAAAACAAUGUUAACAAGAGUAGCAUGACGGUUGUUACAUUUUGGAAUACAUUAACCAAUCAAAGUUUUCUUAAAGAAGUUGAGCAUUGCAUGGGAAUGGCUGCAUGCAAUGACCACUGUGUCAUAUCGAUUGAAUGCAUUAACAGUAAUUUAAAAGAUUUAGCUUUAAGCUCUCUUGAGCAUAAGGAGAGAAUAAGUCAUGAUGAUAAAUUGUAUCAGCUAUUGCUGUGUAAUUCUAUAGGAACAACUGUAGAUUCUAAGUACACAGAAAUUGCUCCUAAUUUUAUUGGUAUCAAUGCAAGUUUUGUGGCUAUAGCCUCAUCCGAUGAAAUUCUUUUGUGGCAUUAUCAUACUCCUAAAAGCGCUUCGCAGCUACACAAUGUAAAAGCUCGUAAAGAGAAACGUUUUCAUAUUGAUGAUUUAUCAACUGAUGGAGAUAAUAGUAAGGACUUAGUGGGCAGCAACGACCGGCGGGAGAGCAGACGCGAGAAUUUAGAUUCUAUCUGUUCGUUAGCGAUGUCAGAAAAAGUCUUUUUGGUUGCUAGACAAUCAGGCAUUAUCAACGAGUACCUUCUUCCUAACACGAUUCUUAGAACUCGUCAUGAAUGCGGUGUUCAUGUGCACAAAAUGGCGAUCAAUUGUAAUUCUACACGCGCCGCUCUAAUAGACCAGGCUGGCGUAAUGACGCUUUUAGAUUUGGGCGAUAACCGGGAAACUCAGUUAAAUUUUAGUCGCGUCGAACGUAAAGAUGUUUGGGCAAUCUGUUGGGCAAAAGAUAAUCCUUUGCUUUUGGCUCUUAUGGAAAAAACACGCAUGUAUAUAUUUCGUGGUAAUGAUCCGGAAGAACCAAUCAUUUGCUCCGGCUACAUUGGUGGAUUUGAAGAUCUUGAAAUAACCAGCGUUUUACUGGAUGAUAUAAUAAGCGGCGAAGAAGUUCAAAAUUCACUGAGUCACAUUCUGCAGUUGAGAAUAAAAUCAUUACGCGAUACUGACGAACUCUUGCAACAUGCAAGAGUUGGCUUGGAAGAUGCCAAGCAAUUCAUUGAAGAUAAUCCGCAUCCACGUCUCUGGAGACUGUUGGCAGAAUCUGCUUUGAAGAAACUGGAACUUGAUGUGGCAGAAAAUGCUUUUGUACGUUGUGCCAAUUAUCAAGGAAUACAAUUGGUUAAGAGAUUGCGAAAUAUACCUUCGUCAAUGUUGCAAAAGGCCGAAGUAGCCGCUUUCUACGGUGAAUUCGAGGAGGCUGAGAAACUGUACAUAGACGGAGAUAGACGAGAUUUAGCUAUAAACCUUCGUGUCACUUUAUGCGAUUGGUUUCGUGUGGUACAAUUAUAUCGCAUGGGUUCGAGUGUAUCUGACCAACAAAUAGAAAUUGCUUGGCGCGAAAUUGGUCAUCACUUCGCUAAUCUACAAUCUUGGGAGAGUGCCAGAGAUUAUUACGACAAGUCGCACUCUAUUGAGGGUUUAAUGGACUCAUUGUAUCACAUGGAACAAUUUGAGGAACUGGAAAAGUGCAUUGAUAAAUUGCCUGAGAAAAGUCCUCUUUUAGAAAAAUUAGGUGAAAUGUUAGCCUCAGUAGGCAUGUGUUCGGAGGCGGUGAAUGCUUAUUUAAAAUUGGGGGACCCGAAGUUAGCUGUUAACAUUUGCGUUAAUUUAAGGCAGUGGGGGCAAGCAGUAGAAUUAGCACAAAAAUUUGAAAUGCCACAGGUCAAUACUUUGCUUUGUAAGCACGCCGGCGAACUUUUAAAAAAUGGCCGACUUCCAGAAGCCAUUGAAUUGCAAAAAAAGGCAGGGUAUUACUUGGAUGCAGCACGCCUUAUAACCAAACUGGCAGAACGAGAAAUUGAGAAGAAUUCGAAUUUGUUACGUAUUAAAAAAGUAUACAUUUUAGCUGGACUUUUAGCUGAACAGCAUUUAAAAAACGCAGCGCUUCAAUUCUCGCAAGACCCUUCAGUGCAUAAUAUGGAUCGAGCUGCUUUAAUGAACAGUAUUAGCCCCGAAGAGGCAUCAACUAUAGAACGUAUAUGGCAUUGUGCAGAAGCAUAUCAUUUCUUUCUAAUAGCGCAAAGGCAGCUUCGUUUUGGAAUCGUUCAUAGCGCUGUUAUAACCUCCUUAAGGUUGCGAGAAUAUGAAGAUGUUCUAAAUGUCGAAGAUAUUUAUUGUGUUCUGGCGUUGUCGAGCUGUGCAGAUCGAUCGUUUAGUACUUGCUCGAAAGCCUUCAUUAAACUAGAAUCUUUGGACUACUUACCAGAGCGAAGUAAAAGGGAAUAUGAAGAACUAGCCGUAAAUAUUUUUGCCAAAAAUGAGCCAAUCGAUGAUAAAGUAGAUUUUAUAACAUGUUAUGUUUGUGAAGCAAUAGUUCCCGACUGGUACGUUUUUUCUUUAUUCUGAAUUUUAAAUACUCAGUAAAGCAGGCCCUUCGAGUCCGUACUUAGAAAACGGUUCAUUCAGUCUUAUUAACGAAAACCUUUUAAACCUUUUUAACAUUACCGUUUUGAAAACUAAGUUAUCAUCAAACCCAGCCAAACGUGUGAAAAUCAACGUGUUAAUGUUUGUACGAUUGCGUCAUAAAAGAACGAUUAAACUCAAUUUCGGUAAGCGGUUUGUUAAUUAUGUCAUAUAUCGAUAUAAAUGCUUUUCUA